UCAAACGCUACUCUCUCUUCUGCUCUCGUGUGACAGACAGACGAUGCGGUUAGUGUUCGCGAUCGCCGCGCUGUUCCUCUCGGCAGCCGCGGCGCCGGAUGAGGCCCCGAUGUCGAUGGAGGAGACGGUCGAGGUCGAGCUCCAACAGGGCGCCAUCGUGGGCUCGAGGUCCGAGGCCGAGGAGGGCAGGUUCUUCUACAGCUUCAAGAGCAUCCCCUUCGCGCAGCCGCCGGUCGGGGAGCUGCGGUUCAAGGACCCCAUCCCGGGCGCGGCGUGGGAGGGCACAAGGAACGGCUCGGUGCCAAUGCCCAUGUGCCCGCAGGUUUUUGGCCCCGUUGUGUAUGGCCAGGAGGACUGUCUCUAUCUCUCGGUCUACACGCCGCGGCCGUACACUUCGGACCUGCCUGUCAUGGUGUGGAUCUUCUCCGGAGCCUUCAGCAUGGGCUUCGGGGAGCAGUACCAGCCUCUGCCCUUUCUCACCAUGGACGUGGUACUCGUCGUCAUCCAAUACCGCCUCUCUACGCUCGGAUUCCUGUCGACAGAGGACUCAGAGCUCCCCGGUAACCUGGGGCUGAAGGACCAGGCGCUGGCCCUCCGCUGGGUGCAGGACAACAUCCGCGACCUCGGUGGCGACCCAGACAAGGUCACUAUCUUCGGUCAUAACGCUGGAGGAGUAUCGGUUCACUACCAUAUGUUGUCUCCGAUGUCCAAAGGCUUAUUCAGACGAGCCAUCAUGCAGUCAGGGGUGGCGCUGUGUCCCUGGGCAGUGCGGGAGGACCACAGGGAAGUAGCCAUUGAGAUCGGGCGUCAGUUCAGCUGUCCAGGCGUGAGUGCCAAUUCCUCUGAGGUGGACAGCGCUGCUCUCGUCGCCUGUCUAAGAAAGGUCCCAGCUGGAGACCUUGUUUCGGCUGAGAGGAAGUUUGCUACCUGGUUCAACUUCCCGUACGUAAUGGUUCCCCGCGUGGACGGCGACUUCCUGCCCGCCCACCCCGCCGUGCUGGUCAGGGAGGGCCGCUACAACCGCGUCGACGUCAUGGCCGGGACGACGCGGGAUGAGGGCGCCCUGGUCACCAGAAUGGUGCUGCAUGAACCGCCGGCGAUGGGGAAUCUCAUGCAAAACUUCACGCAGAAUGGACACUUAGUUUUGGGUUUAGAGGCCUGGGACGACGACCCCGAGUACCUGGCCCGCCUCGCCUUCCACAGGUACCUGGGGCCCCUGGAGUUCGACUUGGGCAAGGUCGACGCCUUUUCCAGGCUUGCAGGAGACGGCGCUUUCAACAUGGCAGUCCGGGAGACUCUGCAACACCACGCCCGAGACACGGUCUUCGGCUACCGCGUCUUUGCCUACGAGUUGCAAUACCGAGGAGAGCACAGCUAUGGCGACUUCUUCCUGGGUCCACCUCCUGAAUGGAACAGCCAGUAUGUGGUGCACGGGGACGACUUGCAAUACAUGUUCUCUUCCAUCAUGAUGAAUAUUACCCUGAGUAAACCAGAGGACCUCUUCGUAUCUCGAAUUAUGCUGAAUCUCUGGGCCAACUUUGCUGCCACGGGACACCCAACGCCUGACAUGUCACUAGGCUUCAAGUGGACUCCCAUGACAGCUUCAAGUCAAUCGUUCCUUGCCAUAACGUCCGCCCCAACCAUGAAGACUUUUGACAGAGACCAGGACUUGAAAUUCUGGACGAACUUGCCAACCAAGAUUAACAAGCUGCUGUACCCGGAACGUUUCUCCAUGCCCGACAACUAGGAAUCUCUCGGAGGCAGAAUUAUGUGUCUGUGUCUGUGUCUGUCACUUCUCGACAUGACCUAGGUUCUCUCGAGGUAUGACCUGGAAUUUAAAUCUCUUCAUGGCUCUUAUUAAUUACCG